GGCUUCCACGGUAUUUGGUGGACUUCAUGGGACAGGCUGCCAACAUUGCAGUCAAUUGAAGAUGGCCGCUUCCGUCCGCGUAAACUCUGUUCUUUCAAAAGUUUUGAAAUCUUUUUUUUCGUCUCACGCGAGGUUGGUCAGCACUGGACCGCAUCAGACGUCAUCGACAGCCGAAGCGUUAAGAGACCAUUACACCAGUUUUGGCUACCAAAAGGUCGCCGAGCAUGAAAAAACAGAGAAAGUGCGGGAGGUUUUCGACAGCGUAGCAGACAACUAUGACCUGAUGAAUGACGUCAUGAGUGCGGGCAUCCACCGGCUGUGGAAGGACAGACUCAUCUCGGUGCUUGGCCCCCUCCCAGGCAUGCAGCUGAUUGAUGUGGCGGGAGGAACAGGGGACGUCUCCAUCCGGUUUCUUAAUGCGGCCCGCUACCAGGAGCUGCAAGCCGAGAGCAGCUUUCCCCCGGAGAGCGAGGGGAGCGCGAGGGAAGUCGCAAGGGCCCACGUGGUGGACAUCAACCGAGAGAUGCUCUCGGCAGGGAAGAGGAGCAAGGGACACAUCUACCCAGAUAUCUCGUGGACCCAGGGCGAUGCUGAGAACCUUCCCUUUGGUGAUAACCUGUUCGAUGCCUACACCAUCAGCUUUGGGAUACGCAAUGUCACGCACAUAGACAGGGUGCUGUCGGAAGCCCACCGUGUACUCAAGCCCGGCGGUAGGUUCCUCUGCCUGGAGUUCAGCCGAGUGGAGAACCCCUUGCUCCGAAGCGUGUACGACUCGUACUCCUUUCAAGUGAUUCCCGUGAUGGGGCUGCUGCUGGCUCGCGACUGGAAGUCGUACCAGUACCUCGUCGAAAGUAUCCGGAAGUUUCCCAGCCAGGAAAUUUUCAAGGAUAUGAUUGAGGCGGCCGGAUUCAAGGAGGUCACGUUCGAGAACCUACUAGGGGGUGUUGCAGCCAUCCACUCGGGAUUCAAGCUGUGACCGAGAGAAGGCGCUGGACGAAUCUGCUUCCCAAGAAGGCGCGCUCACCAUCAUUGACGAACUUAUCGUCUUAAAGACCCACCCGUGUUGCCGAGCCAUACCAUUUUUUUUUUGUGUGUGUGAACUUUAAUUAGGUGUGAGUCUCAGUCAGUUCUGCUCGCUACUGUCCCCAGUUAAUGGCGUCGCUACACUCGGCAGCGGCUUAGUGCUGUGGCAGAUGUCAGUCAAAACACCUGAGAAUGCGAAGGCCUUUGUGACAUUGUAAGAAGAUAUUUAUAAAGCAUACUUUACUGAAUUGUGCAUCAGUCUGGAGGUCGUAUAGUUCUAAAUGUUUUCUUCAAAUAAUGUUUAUAACAGCGUUUACAGUCUGAAA